UAUAUAGGAAAUAAAAUUUUUAAAAUGUCGGAAAUAUUAAAAAUAGCUCAAGAAAAGAUGCAUGAAAACAUUCUAGAUGAUAAACAUAAUCCACAUGAAAGAUUGAAGAACAUUCCUAUGGAAAAAAAAAGUUCUGAAUUAAUGUCAAUUACUUCGUCUAUAAAAAUCUGCUCAUCCAAAUUUGAUGAACAAAAACAGCAAAUUAUCGAUAGUGAUUGGGGAGGAUACGCCUUGGAUUUAGAUUUAUGGGAGGACAGCAAAUCGUUUGUGGUACAGAUAAGGCCAAAUGAAGUAUCAUUGGACAACAAGGAAAGUUUCGGCUUUUUGUCUGACAGAUUGAUAGGCAUCGGCUCAUCCUUCCUAACGAGAUCACCCGAAAAUGGUCUCUAUAUUCUCAGUAAAUGUGUCCUGAAAAAUAGGGGUCUUACGGACAUUACCAUGUUGCAAUAUCAUCGACACCUGCAAUAUAUUAAUAUCGCUAAUAAUAAUGUAUCGCGUUUGUCGCCUCUGAGCGGCCUUCCAUACUUAAUGUAUUUAAACGCAUCGCACAAUAAAAUUAAACAUGUGUCAGAUUUUACACCUCCUUGGUACCUCACCUACGUAAAUUUAUCUCACAAUUAUAUAAUAGACAUAGGCGAUUUGAGCGGCUGCUGGAGCAUCGUUAGAUUAAACUUAUCUCACAAUAUUUUAGAAAGCAUUUCUGGGCUAGAAAAUUUAAAACAUUUACAGUACUUGAACUUGUCCUACAACCUCAUCGAAUGUAUUGAAAACUUGGACGGUCUGAAUAUACAAGAAUUAAAUUUAGAAGGCAAUUGUAUAACGUCAUUUAAAUCUGCCAUACCUGGCCGUGGCCUAAACACUUUGUCUAAUUUGCGAACAAUUCUCCUGGGAUACAAUAGAUUGUGCACUCUGGGCUUUUUCAAAGAUACAUACACCUUACGCUUCGUAGAUCUAAAGUUCAAUAGAAUCACUGACCUAAUGGAGAUAUUGAAUUUGAAGGGCUUAAUAUGUCAGGUCGACUUUAGAGGCAACACCUGCACAGAGUGGCCCAAUUAUCGAAACGUAUUGAUAUCUUCUAUAUCGAGCAUUAAAUUUAUUGAUGGCAUUCAGGUCUUUCCGCAAGAAAAGGUGAGAUCAGCUAUGCUGUUUGCCUCGCCAUUGGAUUUGAUAGCUGCCCUACUCACAGGACCGUCGGCGCUAAAGAAAAUGGCACUGGCUUUGCAUGUGGCUCAAACAAUUCCCGAUAAAAUAAAAUAUUGUUCUUGGCAUACUACAAAGGAAAUAUGCGAAAACGAUGAAAGUAAAGCGUACAUUCCUGUAAAUAGGGAAGAGUUUAAUGAUAUGACACGGCGCGGCGAAUUUUUAGUAAUUCUGGACCUUUUGGGUGAUAGUUACGGAUUUCAUGUAAAUCAGAUUAGUCCAUUGAUAUCUGAACACAAAAUUGGACUUACUCAAAUGAAUUUAUACGCAGUCACCGAAAUUUCUAAACGAUAUCCGAACGUGAAAGCAAUUUUGAUGUUUACACAAAGUGUCGAUCUUCACAGAGAUUGGAUACAAGAGAAAUUUGACGUUUUCACAUGGAUUAAAGACAGUGUGGAAAAUUUGUUGGCUGUUAAAAUAAACAAGCGUAAAGAAACAGAGACUGCUAAUUGCAUAUUAAACUUUAUCAAAGAAAUUUUGGAUGAGGUAAUGAGCCGUCUAGCAUUUCCAAUUUACAUUUCCACGAUACCUCGAGAAAACGAAGCUAUAACAACCGAUAUAAUAUUACAAAGUACUACAAAGACGAUGUUACCGAGACUUGUAUUGCGAAGGAAUGAAAUAGCAUCACAGAAAAAAGAGCACGUUACAUUGUUAGAACCAAAAAAUGAAAAAGAUAGAAAAUCGUUUGAUCGAUUGUCAUCAGAAGAAAAAAGACGGGUGUCGGAAGAAUUAAAAGUAUUAUUGGACGAGGAUUUGAAUAUCAUUAUCGAUGAUGAAAAGACGAAACGUGAAAAACAUAAGUUGAUGAUAUUGCAGCGUCGAACUAUAUUGAUGAUGGACAUUGACCAGUUCGAUGACGAUAAUUUUAGCGAAUCAACAUCUUCCGAAGAAAUAAUGGACAUUCAUGAAGAGAGAAUAACGCCCGAAGAAAAAGCAAAAACAUUAAAAAAUAUAUAUGUUGAACUUGUUAUAAAAAGUAGGAAAUUGUACUUGGACUACCACGAAAGCCAUCCUGGCUUCUUUACUUUAGUGCUGCUUAUGGAUGAUUAUACAAAAGCUUUUGACUCGUUAAUCAAUUUCAUUCAUGAAUCAUAUACAAAUCUGUCUUAUAGAAAAUCGGUAUUCUUAUCAAAAAUGCAGCAUUUUAACCAUACGGCUAUUCCUGUCGUGCUUGAAAGUAUCCUGGAUAAGAUCAAAGAAAAUUUAUCAGUAUCUAAACUCCAACGCAGAAAAAUAUUAGGAUUGCAGGGGAUUGAUUAUUCUUCUCAAAAUAAUGAUCAC